AUGGAGACACCAAGGAUCGCUUGUGCUCAAAAGGGUCAUCCCAUCGGCUACGUCCUGUACUACAAGGGAUACUGCAUCAACCACGGGAAAUUGGUGUAUUUGGAAAACAUCUACGUGGCGCCGGAAUUUCGGGAUAAAGGAAUCGGAAAGCAGUUGCUGGCGAAACUUGCCGAAGUGGCGCUAGCCGCCGGUUGCACCAAGAUGAAAUUAACCACCAUGGAGAGCAACCAGCGGGCGAAGAAGUUGUACCUCGGGCUGGGAGCCCAGGACACCACUGAGUCCACCGCCUGGCAUUGCAUGGAGUUUAACGAAGAGGGUCUGCGGAGGCUCGUCCAGGGCGGGCGGGCAUCGUGAGUGCGCCCCAGGCCGACUCAGGAGGAGGAGGAGGAGGAGGAGGAGGAGGAGGACUAAUGCCAACAUCAGAAAAUCAGGAUUUCCCAAGCCUUAAGGGUCAGCCUCUGUUUCGCGACUUGCUUUCGGCUGCCAUUGAAGCGGGGAGGGGGCGGCACGAUAUUUGGGAAGGGAAGUUUUAAGUGGAGAGAUUGUGAAAAGGGAGUUUUGUCCUCACCACCUACAGCACGUGCUGGAGAUAGUGGAUGGGAGCCGCCAAGGCCAACUCUCCUGUAUACCAACUUGAUGAUGCUUUUUGAAGAUGACACCUGAGGGAUUUGCAGAUUGGACUAUGGGAUGGGGGUUACCAGGGGGAGGGAGAUGGAUCACAUGUUGGUAUGUAUGAUUCCGCGCUCUUUUGCCUCCGAUCUUGCUUUGCUUAGCUGCUCCCUACUCAUAACAAGUAAAAAUACUCUUAAUUAUGCGAAA